UGAUGUCGUACCUGAAAGUUAUGAUCAUAUGGAACAUAUUUUGCUUAUCCCUGGUGGUCCUUUCACUGUCAUUGAUUCCAGAAGUGUCUUCUCAAGAUGAAUCGAGCUGUACAGGGAGAUGUGGGGCAGGGUAUUCUAGAGAGCAUGACUGCCAGUGUGAUUUUAACUGUCACCACUACAUGGAGUGCUGCCCUGACUUCAGGAAAGUCUGCACAGUGGCCAUCUCCUGCGAGGGACGCUGCUUUGAAUCCUUCGAGAGGGGAAGGGAGUGUGACUGCGAUGCUGACUGCGAGCGAUAUGGCAAAUGCUGCCCAGACUACGCCAAGCAUUGUAAAGAGGCACACACAGAAAAACCAACCCCAGAGACUCCUCCAGAAAACAAAUCUAAAAGGUCCUCCACAGAUGAGGAAGAGUCACCAGAAGAAGCUGUGGAAGAUCCUGAAAUCCAACUGACCACUCCUGCUCCAACUACAGAACCUGCAGAGACAACCCUUGAAGCCACGGAGGCAUCAACUACCACAGAUGACACUCCCCAAACCCCAGAGCUGGAGGAUCCAACCCCUGAGGCCACAGAGGAACCAGCGACUGAAGCUGAACCUCCCACUCCAGAAGUGGCAGAAGAUGUGACCCCUGAUGCCACAGAGGAACCACUGACUGAAGUGGACCCCACAGACCUCCCAACACAGGAUCCAACCCCUGACGCCACCGAGGUACCAGCAACUGACUCUGAGCCUCCCACCACCCCUCCACCAGAGGAGACAACCCCUCCACCAGAGGAAACAACGCCAGAGGAGACAACCCCUCCCACACCAGAGGAGACAAGCCCAGAGGAGCCGACCACCCCCACACCAGAGGAAACAACCCCUCCACCAGAGGAAACAACUCCAGAGGAGACCACCCCUCCACCAGAGGAGACAACCCCUCCACCAGAGGAAACAACCCCAGAGGAGCUGACCACCCCACCACCAGAGGAGACAACCCCUCCACCAGAGGAAACAACCCCAGAGGAGCCAACCACCCCACUACCAGAGGAGACAACCCCAGAGGAGCCGACCACCCCCACACCAGAGGAGACAACCCCUCCACCAGAGGAGACAACUCCAGAGGAGCCGACCACCCCUCCACCAGAGGAGACAACCCCUCCACCAGAGGAGACAACCCCUCCACCAGAGGAGACAACCCCAGAGGAGCCAACCACCCCUCCACCAGAGGAGAUAACCCCAGAGGAGCCGACCACCCCCACACCAGAGGAGACAACCCCUCCACCAGAAGAAACCACUCCACCAGAGGAGACAACCCCUCCACCAGAGGAGACAACCCCUCCACCAGAGGAAACAACCCCAGAGGAGACAACCCCACCACCAGAGGAAACAACUCCAGAGGAGACAACCCCUCCACCAGAGGAGACAACCCCUCCACCAGAGGAGACAACCCCUCCACCAGAGGAGACAACCCCAAAGGAGCUGACCACCCCCACACCAGAGGAGACAACUCCAGAGCAGCCUACAACCCCUACACCAGAGGAAACAACCCCAGAGGAGCCCACAACCCCUAAACCAGAAGAGACAACAUCAGAGGAGCCGACCACCCCUCCACCAGAGGAGAUAACCCCAGAGGAGCCCACAACUCCCACACCAGACAAGACAACUCCAGAGGAGCCAACCACCUCUAUACCUGAGGAGACAACCCCAGAGGAGCCAAUAACCCCUAAACCAGAAGAGACAACCUCAGAGGAGCCAACCACCCCUAUACCAGAGAAGACAACCCCAGAGCAGCCAACGACUCCCACACCUGAGGAGCCCACAACCCCUAAACAAGAGGAGACAGCCUCAGAGGAGCCAACAACCCCUAAACCCGAAGAGACAUCAUCCAAGGAGCUGAUCAUCCCCACACCAGAGGAGACAACUCCUGAAGAGCCAGCGACUUUAGCAGACUCUCCCACCACCACUAACCCUAAAGAGACAACCCCAGAAGAGCCAACAACCCCCAAACCUGAGGAGACAACUCCAGAAAAGCCUUCAACCAAGGCAGACUCUCCCACCACCCCAAAACCUGAAGAAACAACCCCAGAGGAGCCAACAACCCCCAAACCAGAGGGGACUACCCCAGAGGAGCCAACAACCAAGGCAAACUCUCCAACUACCCCCAAAUCCAAAGAAACAACCACAGAAAAAACUACAACCAAGCCAGACUCUCCUACCACCUUUAAAGAAGAAGAUUCUGACUCUCCGACCAGCCCUGCAGCACUUGAUGCCUAUACCACUGCCAGUAAAGCCACAGCUUCUCCAGACAAUGCUGCAGCCACAACAGCUGGGAAGGACUCCCCCACACCUGAGGCAGGCACAAUACUUACAGAUGCCACAGUGGAGAACAAGGAGAUGACAACACCAAAGAAAGACAGAACUACUCUGCUUAAAGACAUUUUUACAGCUGCAACUGGGAAAGACACAGUUACAGUAGCUAUGGUGACAACAGCUAAACCAGAUUCUCCUAAAGGUAUGGAUGACAUUCCAGACACAUCUCCUAUGGCCAAGCAACCUGUCACUGCAGCAGCUGAAUCAGAAACAACUUCUAUAGACACCAAGACUGCAACAACAGCAGCCACAGCUCCCUUUUCCAGUCCCAGUGUGCUGGUAACAACCAUUAAAGAAUAUUCAACUCCUCAACCCAGUGAGGCUGCAACACCAAAUGAAAAAGAGACAGCUACAGACACUGAGCAGGCUGGGCCAGCAGCACAUAAAGACAGCCCAGGUGCUACUUGUGUUAUUGUGGAGAUGACAACAACUGGUAAAAAAGAGGUAACAAACAUCAAAGAAGUGGGGACACCUGAAAAAGAAAUGGAAGAUGUCACUGAAAAGGCUCCUGGUAUUGACAAAGAAGAGGUAACUACAGUUACCAAAGAAACUACAACAAGAGAUAAAAAGGACACAAUAGAAGAAAUGUAUCUUGUGUCCAAUGGGACAUCCAAGCCAACAAUACAUUUCCAGGAAGUCACUGAUGCCAGAGAAGAGGCUCAUCCAACUGAACCUGAAACUCUGCCAGUGAAAGAAGAGCCCGAGAUAAACAAACCUUUAAUACAAGUUGGGGACCUGCCAAUGUUCCCUGGAGAAACACAAGAGAGGAAGAACGAGGAGAAGGACCUGUGCAGCGGCAAGCCAGCAGACGGCAUGGUGGCCCUGCCCAAUGGCACCCUGGCCGUCUUCCGAGGUCACUAUUAUUGGCUGCUGAACGGCCGGACCCCACCGACCACCAACCCCCGCCGGAUCAGCGACGGCUGGGGCAUCCCCUCGCCCAUCGACUCUGUCUUUUCCAGGUGUAACUGCGAUGGGAAAACCUUCUUCAUCAAGGGUCCCCUGUACUGGCGCUUCACUAAUGGUGUUAUGGAUAAAGGCUAUCCCAAACCUCUUGCAACUGGAUUUGCAGGGUUAAGUGGGAGAAUAGUAGCAACGCUCCCUGUGGCAAGAUACAACAACAGACCAGAAUCUGUUUAUUUUAUCAAAAGAGAUGGGAACAUGCAGCAGUACGUGUACAGACAAGAACCAGCCAAGAAGUGUCAAAGACGAGCUCGUGUCACCAUCAGAUAUCCAGCCUUUGUUCCCAGACUUGUCAUCCGGCGACGCUUCCAGCGUGCUGUGCAAAUGCCAACCAUCAUCCGCACUGUCAGGAUCAACCCCCACCCCUCUGGAGCUCUGCGCAAGGAAAUCCAAAUGACAACAUACUGGAGAGGGCUCCCCAAAGUUAUCCACUCAACUCUCUCUGUGCCCAACCAGAACAAGCCCGAUGGCUACGAUUACUACGCCUUCUCUUACAAUCGGUACUACAGUUUGGAUAUUGGCAAAAGAAUAGCACGACCUGUUACUGCUCUCACAGGAAAAACUGUAUCCAAAGACUGGUACAACUGUCCCAGCAAGUGAUGCGCAGCAGGGGAGUUUAAAACAAGAUGCCAUUUGAAUGUCAAUGUUUUUUCUAAUUUUAUUAAUAAAAGACAUUGAAAUGUGUGCACACAA